AUGAGUACAACGGAGUUGUGGUUCGACGAUUCAUCGGACGAUGAAAGAUUAGUGGAACUAGCUAGAAGUAGGAAACAAUUGAGGGACGCAUCCAACCACCUAGAAAUGGCUUCCACUGAAUUUUUAAAGAACUUUAGAUUAUCUAAAGAGCCGUUUGUGAACCUACUGUCCAGUACAGAAAACCAGUUGCAGCAGUGCACCCGAGCCAAAUUGAUUCCAAAUAUUUUAAAGCUAGCCACAGUUCUGCGAGUUUGUGCUCAGGGAUCGUACCAAUUGAGUAUUGGUAAUGAAGGUAUGCUAGGACUUGCUCAACCCAAUGUGUACGAUGAUGCUGAAGAUAUUGAAGUGGAGUCAAAUAACGGAGAAUUAGAAAACAUAAGAAAUGAAAUUUUGAGAAUAUUAUAGAAAAAUCUAAAAAGUAUUAAAUAGAAACCUUUACACCACA